AUGACAGAGGCUCGAGAGUUGAAAUACGCGGUUUUACCUCGAAGAACCGCUUGGCCAGCACUCUUUUUAAACAUUGGUACGACGACAGACGAUGCUGUAAAGCCAGAAUCAGCCAGGAGAGGGCGUGUUAAGGGGUUCGAUAGCUCGCUGAACUCGUUGAUCGCUGCUGGAAGCGGGAUAGCCGUAAUGAAUAUAUCGAAAACGCUUUGUAUGAUCGACGAUAGCCAUGACAUUGAAGCCAUACCUCUCCUUGCGGCUAUGAUAAGCCCCUGCAUCAUCUCUAGCAGGAGCAACAGGAUCAUCCUUGAAAAAAUCGACGAUGUCAUCAAGAUGGCUAGGGGACAUGCGAAAUGCUUGUUUAUGACGAAUGCCUCGUUCUGCGAAGAGGAGAAUGUCACUGUGGUAGAAAGAGGGUCGGGGAAGAUUGUUAGAGACAGUCGGGUAUCGAUCUAA